AUGUCCUUGAACAGCAAAGGUGUGGUAAGUGGUGGUUAGCAGGUCAUUUUGAGUUAAAAACGUACAAGAGAACAGCCGGAUAAAUAGAUAAUUAACCAAAAUCCAUUCAUAGUAAGAUAAAUUGAGCAAUUAUAGUAAUGUUGAUGAAAAGUUACAAAGUGGGCACGAGGAUUUCCAGAUGACAAGACAGUAGUAAAAGAGUCACCAAAAUCCAUUCAUAGUAAGUUAGGGACCGGUCAUAAAGUAACUGCUAGGGUGGGCCGGAGGGAAAAAUAAGUUUUCCAAAAAAAACCCAGUGGCCCAUCCUGAGAACCUACAAAAAAAUUCAAAGCCCAUCGUAGGUCAUUGGAAAAAUUUCAUGACCCAUCUUGCUAUACAUGAAUAUGUACAGUAUAGCAGUCACUUUGAUCAAACCAUGCACUAGCUGAGUCACUUUGUCAUAUUAACUUUAUAUAACAAAUUAAUUGGUUACAUAUUUAGUAGUUUACGCAUCAAAUAGAUGUGAUUUAAAAUUGAAGAAUCUUUAUUUGAUAUCUCUCUUUAUUUGAUAUCUCUCUUUAUAUUAAUAUUAAUAGUACAAAGAAGUUCUUGUAAUACUGCCCUGAAUCCUCAAAGAUUGUUUCGAUGAGUACAGUCUCUGACGUGCAUUUGUGCUCGUUGUCUAUUGCUUCUAUCUUUGAAGUUAGUAACAGUAAAUCUUCCACAGCACCCGGCUUACAGUUUUGCAGUAAGCCAACAACAUUAGUUGACAAACGCAUAUCAGUGCAAAUUCUAUUGGAUUUUUCAUUUUUUUUUGCAUCAUCGUGAUCAUGAAUAAACGCAUAAACAUUAGAAAAUAGAUUAAUAGGACAUAGGUGCAACUUUAUGUAACGCUACACGAAGUAGUUAUGUGCAAAAGCUGUACUUUCGGCAUGCUGGCUCAAUCAUCACAGUUUUGGAACAACAUGGCGGAUAAAAUUAGAACAUUUCUUGAGAGUUGAGAAGAACCACCUUUCACAGUAUGUCAACAAGUUCAUGGAGCUUGGGUAUGAUGAUCUAAAGCAACUCUUGGACAUGCAGCCAGAGGAAAUUAUUUAUGUUUUGAAAGAAGUUGCACUGUAUGACAAGUCAGGUCAUCGAAAACGAUAAAUUAUUUUGUAUGCAAUCGAAAUUUUGAGUUUGAAUUUCGAACUGAUCAAACACGGGGUACAGGAUAAAGACACGGCAAGCCAGUGUACUACACCAAUGUCAAUUGCUUCCAACAAUGCUACAAGCCAGACUGGAAAAUUGGGCGGUUUUCGACGAGAUCUCGGGGGCGCAAAAGCUGUUGAAUCCAAGGGCAGGGGCGCAAAACCUGUCCCAGGGGCGGACUCAGGGGCGGCCAGGGGCGCAAAAAUGUACCCAUUGAUACCUUUAAAAUAUAUUUUCCAUGUUCUUGACUAAGAGAAGUCGGUGCGUAUGCUGCUUUCUUGAAGAGGCUUAUUAAAACAUCCAACAAACUUCACGUAAUGUUUGAACGUGGCUGUGGUCAUCCAGAAUACAAAGGUUUGGCUGCAUCGCUAAAUUUGAAGGCUUUAUAAACUGUAACAUUCGCCACAACACAUUUUUUUAGCUGGUCCUACGAGCAAAUGGGACAAAGUCUGCCGUAGUUAUAAAGCCUUAGUUGAAGCCUUUAGGAGAUACAGAUAUUUCACAGCACACUCCCUAUCAUGGCUUUUCAGUGACUGAUGCCCGGAAAAUGAGGACGAUGAGGAAGAAGAAAAUAAAUACCAGGUAAGCACCAUAUUAACGUUGAUGGCCAAUUAACGGCUGGUGUUACGAAGCCUGUUUAGCAUAAACAGCGGUAAAAACUAAAUUCUCUUUAAUUUCAUUUAAAACUAGUUAGUUAAGUUGUUCAAUGAAUCUAUGGACAUGUUCUCUCGCAGCAUAUUCACCAUUUAAUAGAGCGUUAAUUUACACUGGACCCAAUUACCCUAACAUGUGCCACACGGUAAAAUAACAAAAUUGUAGAUCUCAUUUCACUUUUCUGUGAUUUAGAUUCAUGGACAGGACUACGCUAUUGAUCUUUGUGGAACAUUGGACGUUCUAGAGCCUGUCAUAUCAUUGAUGCUAAGAGCACAAGCUGUAAAAUUUCCACCUUGGAGGAUUGUUACGUGGUUUUCGAGAAUGAUCAAGAUCCUGAAGGUUUGGAAACAAACCUUAAAGCGGUGUUGGGAACAAACCCUGAAGAUGGAAACAAACCCUGAAGAGAAGUUGGCGAAGCUCUCCAAGCACUGGGAAGAAUCGACUCCACCCACGAGACAAAUGCAGUGUUGGGUUUUUUCAUGUGUCUAA